AGAGUGAAAGAUUGGACCGAGGGAGGAGGAAACAUAAAAGCCUUUACAUGUACGUGGUAAGGAGGGAUUAUUUUUGUCAUGAUCCUUUAUGACGCUGAUUGCAGAGAGCUUGACAGGUGAAGAGUAGGUGUCGAUUUUUGUGAACGGAUUUGUGAGUGAGGAUCAUGGGCAUGGCACGAAGGUGGUGGGCUUUACUCGCUGUUUUUUACCUGUGCAGCCUGCAAGCAUCUGGUCGGCACCAAAGGAGAGCUCUGUAUCCAGCGGCUCACUGGAUAAAGCGUGGGGCGUAUUCCCUGAUCGACCCCACAUUCCUGCACUCAGAGGAGGAUUCUAAGCUACUUUAUGAGAUUCUUCUUGCUGGAAUGCAGAUCCGGGGCGAGGAGCACAACCUGCUGAUCCCAGAUGAGGAGCUGGCCUCUCUAAGGAGCGUGAAAAAACUGGAAGUUAUCUGUGAGGAUGUUCUGCCAAAGAAGCUCUCUGAUAUCCGGCGUCUGAUGGCGGAGCUGGCCGACCGGCGGCAACAUCUCAGCUGGCAGGACUUUGAGCGAACAGUGCUGACUUUAGUCUACACCUCCCAGAUACUGGCUCAAAUGAGCGACCAGAACCAGAAAGAGCUGUGGAUGGAGGCAAUGGUGCAACUGGUCCGAGCUCUUCUACGAGACCUCAAACCCUUCUGAGAAAAACUCAAAUCAUAGCAAAUCUAAAUCAGUAUUUUACUUGUUUAUAGCAUAUUAACAACCUAUGCCCAGUUUUUACAGUUGCUAUGCUACAAAUGUGGCUUUACUAAAGUGCCAGUGCAGUCUUUUGUAUUGCAGCUUUCUGUUGGUGGAGGUUGACAUACCAAAUGUUAAAUUCCCCCCCGACCACCAUGAAUUCCCCCUGCAGUGCAUGAACAGUGUAGGCUGGUUGUAUUGCUUUAAUAAUAUGGUGUUUUCAUUGUUCUUUUGCACCAGCUGAGCAUCUUUUGAAGCAACAGCCUCCUUCAUCGCUGGCGGUGUAACAUUAGGAAUCUUACUGAUGCUUCUAUAUGAAUGUCUUUCCCUCCGAGCUGUACACUCAAUCAUGACAUAAAGGUGCUUCAAAUAUUCCUCAUUUUAGCUGAUCAUUAUAUUUGGAUUUUCAAACAUAGUAGAAAUGCAAAUU